AUGCCACCUAAAAGGAGCAAACUUUUGGGACGGCGCACGGCAGCUGCCUCCACUGCUAGAGUAGCGAGGGUGAGUGAAACCCCUGAACAGACUUCUUUGCGUCUUUCACGGAUGGCCUCGAGCUCAGCUACUCGCUUAUCUACGGAAAGCGCCGCUGCGCGGACUGAAAUGUUGGCUUCAGCGGCUUCAACCAUGUCUGCACGCCGCGCCAGGCUUUCAAAAUGCCCUAUCUACCGCGUCUGCCAGAGCCUUUCGAAAGCCCUGCACAGACCACUGUUCGUCGCGUUUAGAAAUGCCCUCUCCACUGCAUCUGCUAGAGCCCUAAAAAGCCCUGCACAGACCACUGUUCGUCGCGUUAGAAAUGCCUGCUCUCGCUGUGUCUGCCAGGGCUGCUGUUCGUCGCGAAAAUGCCCGCUCUACGCCUUCCUACAAAUUUACUUUCUCGCUGACUACAACGAGCAGGUUGAUGCGCGUCUCGGCAUUCUGCCUAGCGAUAUUUCCGUCGGUCCCCGUAGAGACAUUCUGUUCCGUCUACAAGACAUGCUUCACGAAACUAACAGUUACAUCCGAAGCUUAAAGUUUGCGUUGCAAAACAACUCUUCGCCCUCUUUCAGCGUUGUCAUCGAUGCAGACAGACGGCCUCACGGUGAGCAUGAGCGUCGCUUCAAUGCUCCUGCAUGUAAUGAAGUCGCCGCAGUCAUCCACGGUGAGGAGCAUAACAGCCGUGACAUUGUCAUAAGGUACCGGGGCGGUGGUCUGCGCCGCAUCAGUGAAACCCACCGUUCAUACGACUGUCUCCAGUACCCCUUUCUUUUUCCAUACGGAAGCGAUGGUACCACUUCAAAAUCCCACUAUACCAGGCAAGCAGCGAUUCCAUGUCGACCUCAAAGAUGGUCUCCUUACUACGCCUACAUGUUUAUGGUUAGGGAGGGUGAAUUUAACCACUUGCACAGGUGCCGUCAACUAUUUCUUCUAUUCGCUGUUGACAUGGCUACAAAAAUGGAGUCGGAGAUGUUAGGAUUCAUCAAGUUAAACCAAUCCAAACUUAGAACCGACUCCUACAUUCACCUUCGUGAUGGUAUGCGUUCUGAUGGUGACCCACGCAAUCUCGUCAAACCGUGCAUUUUGCCUUCCUCUUAUACUGGUGGAACUCGAUGCAUGCAUGAAAGGACACAAGACGCAAUGACCUAUGUCCGUCAUUACGGGAGGCCUGAUUUGUUCGUCACGUUCACGUGCAAUCCGAAAUGGGUUGAAAUCACACGCGAAAUUUUUCCAUGUCAGCAGCACUCACACCGCCCUGACCUAAUUGCCCGCGUUUUCCGGUUGCAGCUGUUGUCAUAUGUAUACAGUGGAAUGGCAGAAACGCAGGUUGACGCAAACAAAAUAGACGAUUUUAUUUCUGCUGAAAUUCCGGAUCCUGCGCUGGAUCCUUUGCUCCACGAAAUCAUUAAAAACAAUAUGAUACACGGCCCCUGUGGCGCGAAUUACGAAAAAAGGUCAUGUUGGUCAAGCGGCCCCACUUGCGCAAAGGGUUACCCCCGUAAGUUUAUCUCAGAAACGCAGACUGCGACGGAUGGUUACCCACUGUACAGACGUAGAAGCCCCGCUGAGGGCGGCAGAACUGUGACAGUUAAGGGGCACACUCUGGACAAUCGUUGGGUGGUGCCUUAUUGCCCGCUGCUGUCCAAGACUUUUGGAGCCCACAUAAACGUUGAAUACUGCCACUCGGUUAAGUCAAUAAAGUACAUCUGCAAGUACGUUAAUAAAGGCAGCGAUGCUGCCGUUUUCGGUAUCCGGCGCGACAAUUGCGUUGACGAGGUGGCCGAUUACGUGGCUGGACGCUACCUCAGCAAGUGCCAGUCUUAUAGAGAGGCAUGCUUCCGUUUGGGAUUGCUUGAAGACGACUCCCAAUGGGAUGCAGCCAUGGCGGAGGGUGAACUUCUCAGAACGCCAUCACGGCUUCGAACGCUGUUCGUCAUUUUGCUUUUGCGAUGCGAACUAAGCGAUCCUUUGUCGCUCUGGCUGAAGUACAGAGAAUCCAUGUCAGAGGAUGUGCUGUUCUCCGUUCAGCGUAACAGCCCAGGAGUUAAAUGCGGUUUCACUGACUUCAUAUUCAACAGAGCGCUGGUGGCCCUAGAAGAUGUUGUUUUUCGAACUGGGAGGUGUCUCUUUACCAACUUACGGUUUACCACCACCGCUCAGAGACGGUUUUGA